UUUUAAGGUUCACCGGGAUGAAAUACAUACAAAGCUUGUUUAGAUAAUGAGAGAGAGGUUGUUGGUUCAUCUGCGUGGGCUACCCCAGAUUGUUGAGAGCUGGAAUAGGCCAGAAGAUGCUGACCUACAGGCCAGUCAAUUUGCCAAGUCCCUUACUAAGGAAGUUGGGUUCCUCCAAGGUGUUUUAUCUCGAACAUUGCAUGAAGUAGAUGUUCAAGCAAUUUUCAGGCAAGUUGUUGUAGUGUGCCAUUCACAAAUUUCGGAAGCAUUUUCACGCUUAGAGAUCAGCACUCCUCAGGCAAAAGAUAGACUGCAUCGUGAUGUUACACACAUUCUUGGGUGCAUUCGAUCAUUGCCAUGUGAUAAUUCAAAUAAUUCUGUUACCCCAAACUGGGGGCAACUAGAUGAGUUCUUAGCGCAAAGGUUUGGGGCUGAAUCCGGCUAAGAUUUGCUUUGUACAGUAGUAGACACACC